UGGAAGAUUCUAGGACUCGUUCUGCUGAUCUUGGUGGUGUUGGUUAUUGCUGCGUUUGUAUGGUGGUACUGCAGCAAAUCGGUGAAAUGCUUUUGAAUGUGCGAUACCAAGAAAGCCAGAAGUAUGUGAAGGUGACUGAGACUGACGGGACUUACGAUUAUCAGCAGUUCAAUCAAGCAGUCAUAGAUAAAUUUGGCUUGCCACCUGAUGCUGAAAUAGUUUACAAGGAUUCAUCAGGGACAGAAGUUGAUGAGGAUAUUUUUGGUGAUUUUCUGCAAAAAGGAGACGAGAUUUUGUUGAGAGCUUGUUUGAAGGAUGAUUCUUCAGAUUUAUGUUGCUCAGAGGCAUCAUUCUCCUCUGCUUCAACUGUGACCCUUACUGAAAGUACUUGUCAGAGUGUGGAAGAUUUCCCAAGCAAGAAAAUGAGAUGUGAUGAUAAGGAAGAAGCAAAAAGUAUGGUUUAUGCUACCCUGAACGGUAAACCAGGCGGUGACAAGAUUUUUCAUGAAUAUGAGAAAACUAAGAGCUUGUCAGAUAGCACCAGGAGACAGCUAGUGAAUAUUCUUGUUGCUGACAUGGUUGAGGUGCAUGGACGAGUACCCCCUCAGAGUGUGCACAUCAAAUAUGCUCAAGGAAUUGUGGCUUUGUUUCCAUAUCUAGAGGAUCCUUUCUCAAAAAAUGGAUAUGAACAUUUCUAUGAUCCAGCAAGUGGAAGUGGCUAUCUUGCUUGGCGUUUGAAAACUGUUCAACGCAACACAACCAUAAACUCAAAAAGUGGCAAACAAGCUCCAGAAUCAAGUGGUGGUCCACAGGUUGAGUGGAGACCUGUUACUUCUGGACGGCAACUCACUGGUGAUGAGUGUUGUGAGGCAAUAUCUAUCCUAAACCAUUCAUCAGAUGAGAUUGUUGUGAGGGAGAAAAUGAAGGCCACUUUUGAAUACUGA